CCCUGGAAAAAGCCAUGAAUUUUGAAUUUGAGAGGGAGAUAGGCUUCAUAAACAGCCAGCCGUCGCUAGCGGAGUGUCUGACGUCCCUUCCCGCUGUCCUGGAGACAUUUCAAACUUCAUCAAUCAAGGAACCACCGACGUUAAUUCCUCCUCCUUUGGAAGAAACCCUCCUCAGCUUGGAUCCUUGUUCCAGCAGCCAGGCUACGCCAAGGAGCCCAAAGAGACCAAGACAUGGGCAGGCCAAGAUACCCCCGCCGCAGCCUGCUCCGCUGGCUGGCGAAUUCCCCUGGAUGAAGGAGAAGAAAUCCUUUAAGAAAGCCGGCCAGGUCCCUGCCUCUUCUUCGCCAUCUUCCUCUUCUUCUUCACUGCCCGGGUCUGCCGUCGGUUCUCCAGCAGACAUCCAGGGCUUCCUCGACCAGGGCGGGAGCGGCUCGAGGCGGCUGAGGACGGCUUACACCAACACGCAGCUCCUAGAGCUGGAGAAGGAAUUCCACUUCAACAAAUACCUCUGCAGGCCUCGGCGGGUGGAGAUCGCCGCUUUGCUAGACCUGACCGAAAGGCAGGUGAAGGUGUGGUUUCAGAACCGGCGGAUGAAGCACAAGCGGCAGACCCAGCACAAGGAAAUCCCCGAGGGGGACCCUGGAGGCUACCCCAGCUCCUUGGACGACCAAGGCGGAGAAGAGGCUGCGGAAGAGGAGAGAGGUCGCUCUCCAUUUGGAGACUCCCUGGAGAUGCCUUGCUCUUACCCGGGCGACAGCAGAGAAGCUGCCAGAGGCCCCGCGGGUUACCUGACACCUCCCGGGGAGAGGAACCCCGACCCGCAGCCAAAUGGGACAGCUGGCGCCCGUUCAUCUUCUUCUUCCUCCUCCUCCUCCUCUUCCUCCUCCUCAGACAAUGCCUUCCCCGAAAGCCAGAAGUCUCCUUUGUUACCGCCCGAUCUGAGCAUCUUCUCGGCGGAUUCCUGCCCCCAGACCUCCGAAGGGCUUUCUCCCAACCUCCAGGGCUUCUUAGACAGCCCCAUCAAUUUCUCCCUCGACGACCUGGACUUUUUCACCAGCACUCUUUGUGCUUUCGAUCUGCCGCAUCUGAAUUUCCAGUGAAACAUCUCCCGCCCACCACCACGACCUUUCAUGAUCUGCCU